UAGAAAUAUUGACGUUUUCUCAUUGACAACAUUUCGUAAAUAUUUACAAAAGGACACGUCUGUGUUACUGUGCUUAAGUGGUAAUGGCUUAAUAAAUUUCUGACAUCGAGACACAAAGGAAACUUUUGGUGACUAAACAGUGAUUUCCAUUUUACAUAGCGCUGCCGAUUCUCUUUGUCUCAUUUGCCGAGUUGACAAGUGCUUAAUCAAAAUUUUUUGUGAAAACAACGGAAAAGAAAUGCUUAGGAACCGAGAUAAUUUUGUGGAACUUUGUAAAGGUUUGAAAUUGCCACUGAAUGGUGAAAUUUGCAGCAGCACAGAAGUACUUGUGAAGCAUAUUUAUGAAAAAUAUUUCGAAAGAAGAAUUUUGGAAGCCGACCAGCCACCAUGGCGUGAUCCCACAAAUAAUCUGUGUAAAUCACUACACAUAUCAUCUAAUCAGACACGUUUUAUAAAACCCAGUGAAAAUGAUGUAUGGAUAUUUGGCUAUGGCUCGCUCAUAUGGAAACCUGACUUCCCCUUUAUUGAUCGGAAACGUGGUUACAUACGUGGGUACCGUAGAUUGUUUUACCAAAAUAGCAUCGAUCAUCGGGGUACGAAAACACGUCCGGGUCGUGUUGUAACACUACUACCCACUGUUAGUUUGGAAAGUCGCGUUUACGGCAUAGCUUAUCGUAUUUCCGAGGAGCAUCGUGAUGAGGUUUUAGCACAUUUGGAUUAUCGCGAAAAGAAUGGUUAUGAACGUUGCGAUUUACAAUUCUUUGAAUACCCCGAAGAUUUGGAUAAUCACUUCGGUAUUACAAUGUAUAUAGCGACACCGGAUAAUUCAUCGUAUGCAGGAAACAUGUGGCAAAUACCAGUGAUAGCGCAACAAAUAUUCACCGCUGCCGGUCCCAGUGGACCGAAUCGUGAAUACCUCUUCAAUUUGGCGAAUGCCAUGCGUGAACUCUUCCCAGGUGAAAAAGAUCGUCAUUUAUUUGAAUUGGAAUCGGAAGUAAAACAGCUAAUCGAGGAGUAUGAGCCGAAAUUGUUAGAAAAGGCGUUAAAGAAUGAAAUUGUAGAAAUAAUUGAGACGGGCAAUACGGACGGCGAUGUGCGUGAGACGGUAAGAGAUGUGGAACAUUUAUAUGAAGUAUGCACACAACCCGGUUGGCGCGAAGAUUUUCUGGUUAAGGAAUUGGAUAGCCUUAAGCAACUACUAGAUUCACUUCAAAGCAAAAAAAGUAUUAGCACUCAAAUUGAAAACGUUCCGGACAUAGACUCUUAAAAAAUUCUUUUUGUUUUUUUUUUAAUAUGUGAUAUAUGAGUAAAAAUUUGAAAUAUUGCUAUGCAUGUACAUAUUAAUUUUAAAUAAAAAAAUACAUUUAGUAUUCGAAAAUACAAA